AAUGGCAAAUUAUAAUGAAGUAGAGAAAACUGAAAGUAAAUUAAAUUUCAUGAUAUAAAUUAAAUAUUGUUUAAUAAUAAUAUAAAAUAAGACAAAACAAACUACAAUGAGCCAUUCCGCACUGGCCAGCUUGACAGCGCAAUACACGGACUCGGAAAACGAAGGCGAUGCCAGUCCAGACUCCGAAAAUUCAACAGCAUCGCAGGUUAUUAUACCAAAGCAGGCAACACCGACACCCGCAACGCCUGUCAAGCAAGAACAGGAGCCGGAGAAGAAACACAAGAAAAAGAAACGUGCUAAGAAAUUGCGUCGCUUGGUCAGCUACCAGGAUGAUACGUUAAUCUCUGACGAAGAAGAGGAUCGUGCGCAAGAGUCCUCGAGCGAAGAGGAUUCCUCCAGCGACAGUGCCAACUCGCAGCCGGAUAACGAACAGCAUGAAAAUGGCAAAGAUAAAAGCAAUGCUAAAGGAGAUGGCAACACUGACACGCCCAUGCAACUGGACGAUGAUGAUUCCAAUACAUACAACGCAGAGGAUCGCACGGCGGAGAGUUACGAGAAGGAUCCGAAAUACGCCAAAUAUAAAUUUCAGUUGCCGCCAGAGCCAAAGGGCCAGCCGCCAGCCGAGCUGGUGGCAAAGAUCACGAAAAUGUAUACGAAGAUGAGGCAAACGAAUAUGGAUAUGAAUCGUGUUAUUCAGGAUCGUAAGGAGUUUCGUAAUCCGAGCAUUUAUGAGAAGCUGAUCAGUUUUUGUGACAUCAAUGAAUUCGGCACCAAUUAUCCACCCGAAAUCUACGAUCCACUGCAGUGGGGCGAGGAGAGUUACUAUGAAGCGUUGUCGGCGGUGCAAAAAACUGAGAUGCUUAAGCGGCAAAAGGAUCGCAAGGAUAUGGACAAAGUGGAGCAGGCGACGGCGUUGGCCCGCAAAGUGGAGGAGGAGGCAAAGAAGCGCAAAUCGAAGUGGGACCAGCCGGCCGCAAAAGCAACGUUACCUGCAUUGACCACGACCGUGACUGGCACGAAGGGCACAGUUAUUUCAGCAUUCGGUUCGUUGCCCAAAAAGCCUGCAAUCUAGGUUAAUCAAAAAUAAUUAAAUAAAUAUCUAAUAAUU